UGCGUUUUCUUUCACCACACAUAAAUCACCGCGAGGGAUUCUUAUCUCCGAGGAUACGCUGCCUUUCAAGGAACAUUGACAGGAAGAGGUCUGAUUAUAGUUUUCUGUCCUGUGUAACGAUAUGUUGGAAACGCCUGCUUGGCAACCAGGGUACAGAACGUGACAGGUGGUUGGCAUGUCGUCAACACGGACCCCCAACCUUGUUAACCCCCAACUCCAGCGCCAUGUCAUCGGGAUGUUUGGCUUGCUAGCAAAGUUCGGACGAAUGGACAAAGGCUGAAGUUUGACCUGUUGACUGCAGUUUUCUUCCCGAUGUUAAUGAUUUGUUCCACACCUGCGAGUUAUGCGAUGGCAUGCUGAUGUUACCGUUUAUAUUAGUGGAGCACGACAGAUACUGGACAGAAUAUCAAGACCUUGAUCCCAACGUUGCUGUACAUCAGACCUGUGUUUGUGCUAGCGCUGUUCUGUACAGGUCAGUUUAGAACACAUUAGCUCACUCAACAGCCUCUAAUUGCUGGCCUUACAAAGGCGAUAGGUGGGCGGGUUAAUCCACCCUUCGGGAAUUCUCCCUCUUCAGAAGAUUUCCUAUGGGAGAAUUAAAAGGGCUUGACCUUUAAACAGACGUUAUAUCGGGACAGAGUCCAGUGCAAAACAGUUGGCAAGAGUGUCUGGUAGAAAGAAGCAAUUUCUGCAAUGUCUGAUAAGUCAUUCAAAAACGGCUUGUUCGUCAGCAUGGUGAAGACAAAGGACGGUCUGUCGGUCCGAGCUGACAAGAGACGGGCUGUCAGGCUCGGCAAUCAGAACCUGUGCGAGGAGAGACGUUUGGCAGACGAGAAAACACGUUUGGACAAACAAGGGCACAAAGUCGGGAAACUUCUAGACAGAGAAAUGACGACCGUUGGACAUUUUCAUACCAAAGUCCACAUUCGUGCAAAAACAGUGCCGAUCGUUGAACUGCAGUCGGCUUGCCGCAGAUAUACUGAAAAGACUCCAGAACUACCGUGUACAACACCGCGAGAACAGACAAAACCGUCCCCUGACAAUGAUACACCGGGAGGCUGUAACCCAAAUGACGCAAGUCCGCCACCGUCGUCCUUACAGAUGGAGGACGCGGAGGACGAAGACGAUGAGACGCGCAGGCUGCAGUUCUUGUCCAUCGCCGCGUCCAUCAGACGGCCGUCCCUGAGCUGGGAGCAGCGCCUGGGCCGCCGCCAGGAGUACCUGUCACGGCACACGGAAAAACUGCGAGCAAAACUUCACUCCAAGGAACCCAAGCCGUGGAACAUUAACUAUGGCAUGCACGUCCCCAUGAAGAAAAAACUCAAGCCGGUCUGUUGGACUAUUUAGGAUAUACUGAGUGCAUUUGAUUAUAGACACAGAAACGCCAUGAUGGAAACUAAUUCUCGCUUUUUUCAUACCAACGCUAUCAAUAUUGAC